UCAUCCUUAGUGAGUGAGAGCAGUGGUGGUGUUGCUCUGGAGUGUUCAGAAAAGGUGCUGAGUUAAUCAGCCACAAUGUGUGAGCAGUUUUUGGGAACGUGGAAGCUGGCUUCUAGUGAGAACUUUGAUGAUUACAUGAAAGAAAUUGGAGUGGGCUUUGCUACUAGGAAGAUGGCUGGUGUUGCCAAGCCCAACGUCGUCAUCAGUUGUAACGGGGAUAUUGUAACCAUCAGAACAGAGAGCACUUUUAAGAACACGGAAAUUAGCUUCAAACUGGGAGAAGACUUUGAGGAGACAACAGCAGAUGAUAGGAAAGUAAAGAGUCUUGUGACGCUAGAAGAUGGAACUCUCAAUCACGUGCAGAAAUGGGAUGGGAAACAGACCACAAUUAAGAGGAAGAUAGCUGAUGGAAAGCUGAUUGUGGAGUGUGCGAUGAACAAUGUUGUCUCCACCAGAGUCUAUGAAAAAGCAUGAAGGCUCUUGCCACCUGAUGAAUAGGACCUUGAAGUGGAAGAUAAAGCUCGGUUCACAGAGCAAGAGCCCUGCAAGGCUAAUUGCUUCCCAGAACUGGCCAACUGUAAAGCAGCUGUGCAUCUUCUGAAGUAUUGUGGUUAUUCAAUAAAAUGUUCACCUUUGGGGAAAAGCUGA